AUGGAAAUCUCAUUCCAGAUCUUGGAUCAAAUGGGAACAACGGGCAGGAUAGGCAUAUCAGCAGAUGCAAGCUGCCAAGAACUGACCCACAUAGGUGCCGCUACUACAACUCUACAUUACAAACAGGAUCACAAAAUACAUCCACAAUGUGACUUCCCUGAUUAUCUACAUGCAAGAAAAGGACGCGUUCUGAAAUCUUGGGAAUCCAUCGUGACUGGUCGACGAAAUGUCAUUCAUGAUGGUUACUGGAUAGCAUCGUAUAAGGCGAAGAACGACUCAGUAUGGACGUGCUUGGAAAAUCGACAAUUUGAGAAUUUCUUGAUUGUUCGAGCUUAUGUUCGCCGAGGAUGUCAAACCGGUUAUCAAUGUAUAAAGUUUCAUCGUCGAGGACACCAUCUGGUUCAGCUAGGAUUUGGACAAAUUAGCCAAAAUGAAUAUGAAGACUGCACGGAAAUGGACAUAGAAACGCGUGAUACAUUGGUGCUCCAUGGUGCACAGGAGGAGUGUCUUCUACGAGGUCGAUACUCAACGAGCACUUGUCCAGAUCCGUUGCUGUACAUAGGAUGUAACAAACCUGAUGAAGUCCAGAUUUCCAAAGAAUGCAAAGGAGCACGAAAAGAUAUUGACAACUAUUCUUGCGCUGCACACUUUGAUGAUGGAGAUGACCAUUACUUGAUAGUUAGAGAUGAUCUCUCAAGUCAGCUCCAAUGCUUGAAAAUACACACAUCCAACAAUGUUUCUGUAAAAAUUUUCGAUCACAUCGCAUGUGAUCCGCACUCUACUAGAGCUUCACCUCCCUCUGUUGUGAUGAAUAUGUCGAAAACAGAAAGAUGUGAGUCAUCUCUCCUCGCUGGAUUUUUGUACUACUCAAAAAAUUCUGGAAUAAAUGAUCUGCUACUUUCCCUUCAGUCGAGCUUACUCAUCUUAGUCAUGCUUUCAUGA